AUGGCUAUGAGUGAGGGUGCCUCGACGGCCUUGGCCAUCAUGUGGUUGAUGGUUGGCUUGGUCUUUGUCUUGGUGAUCCUCCGGGUCUAUACCCGUGUGGUCUGCAUGGCCGCCUAUGGUAUCGAUGACUGGAUUUAUGUUGCCGCAUUUAUAAUCCUCGUAGCCUAUACCAUUCUCAUUCAGCAUGCUGGCUUCUAUGGGUUUGGCAAAACCGAAGAGGAAAUAGGAAACUCCGCAAGUGCGACAAGAGCCCGACUGUUCGAAUGCCUUGGACAAACCACGUCCUUUGUCGGCAUGCCUCUCGCUAAAGCUUCCCUUGGUGCGUUUCUUCUUCGGCUGGUCACGAAGACAUGGCAUCAAUUUUCUGUCUGGGGAGCAAUGAUCUUGAUGUCCGUGGCAUCUGUUGCACAACUGCUAUGCUUCUGGCUGUCAUGUCGUCCUUUCAACUAUGUGUACGACAAGAAUAUCCAGGGGGUCUGCACAGUUAAUACACGGCCUACUUCGUAUUUUCUUUGUGCUUCAACCAUCAUUACCGACUUCUUUUUCGCAAUAUUUCCAUGGAUCAUCAUCUGGAAUCUUCAGAUGCCCAGGCAGGAGAAGAUCACCAUUGGCUGUAGCAUGAGCCUUGGCCUGAUUACCGCUGCCGCUGGGAUCAAGCGCAUGACUGAAGUGGAAGGCCUGUAUACUUCGGAUUAUUUGAAAACCACCGUUCCCCUCAUUGUGUGGUCGGCGGCAGAGAUAGCUGUUACGCUGAUCUGCAUCGGCAUCCCCGUUUUGCGUCCGCUAUACAAGCGCAUAUACCUACGCUUUCGAACACAAUCUGCACACUCGUCCAGAUACCUUAAACAAUCAGACCGUUCAAGAGGGGAGCAACCAGGAUAUGCACUGCAUACGAUCGGCGGAGGACCCCUUGCUAUGGGGCAGAGCAACUUGAAGCGAGUGAACAGCACAAAAGCAAUAAUGCCCAUGAACAAGAGCAAUGUGGACUUUCGCCACAUGCAAGUGCGUAUAGGGGUCAGUGAGCCUUCUAUGACGACAGUGGUAGCUCAGCAACGGAGGCUUGACGAGGAUUCAGAUAUGGACACACUUGACGAUUACGGCCGUGGCCAACUGGAGAGCAGUACUGACAGCGCGCGGAGGAUAUUGGGAGAUGAAGAGCAGGGCAUAGCGAACAAUCACCUGGGGGGUUGCAAGACCAUUAUCGUAACGCAAAGCUUUAGCGUUGAUAGAAGUUGA